UCCCAAACAUGUCACACUCUGGUUAGCUGAAGCUGUGAAAUUGUUCUAGGGUUUACUGAAACAAUGGAUCCUCAAUCAAUCAGCACCGAAGAAAACUGGAAGGCGAAUCCGAUGGAGCUCUCUGAGGAGAUUCGAUCUACCGGUUCGAAGAAGCGCAAGGCGGAGGAUGAUGGUGGCUCACCGCAGUCCCCGCUGGAUGAUUUCGUAGAUGAUGAUGAUGACAUGAUGGAGUACGAAGAAGAAGAAGGUGGUGGUGGUGAUGGUGAUGGGGAGGCAAGCGAUGUGUCUAGCCGCGAGGAGGGCCAAGAAUGGGACGUUGAUAGCUUCGACGAUGGAUUCGAUUACAGACCCAAAAGGAAUCUGGAUCCCAACGAUGAGUUAGGUCAAAAGAUGCAUCGAUAUAGAUCUCAGAUGUACCGCAGCAAGGGUUUCGAGGUGGAUAGAGAAAACGACCCUGGGAAUGUGGCGUACCGGCCACUCGGUCCAAUUUAUCUGGAUAAACCAUUUAGGAAUACUGGGCUUACAGGCCGGGAGUUCAUGCAGAACAUGGUGGAUUUGUCUCUAGAAAGAUACAACAGAAUCAAGGGAUCUACUGUGACUUGUGAAUAUAUUGUGAGGGCCAUAGUCGCCCUGGUUGCCGGAGUCAAAUCUUACAUUACUUUCAUGGCUAGAGAGUUUCCAGAUGGUGAUCUGGUCGAGUAUCAAGCUAAGACUGAGAAGAGGGUAUGGCAAAAGAAACCUCAUGUCAUCUUUUGCAGGCCAGCUCCAAAACUCAAAGAUCCCACGGAUGAUGAUUUUGUCUACACGGAUACUUCAAGUGAUGAUGUGGAUAGUGACGCAUCUAGCCGUGGAAGUGGCCAAGAAUGGGAUGUGGAUAGUUUUGACGACCAACCCGAAUACAAACUCCCAAGGGUGAAUAUUCCUUCCGAUGAUGAAGUUGAAAAAAUGCGCCUAUAUAGACAUCUGAUGAGGAAGAGCAAGGGUUUCUACGUGGAUGGAGAAUGCUACUCUGGGAGAAUGCUCUAUUUCUCUCCUGUUGAUCUUGAUAAGAAUGUCGUGCCUUAUGAAGUUACAGGCCGUGAGUUCAUGCAAAACAUGGUAGAUUUGGCUCUGGAAAGAUACAACAGUACCAAGGGAUCCACUGUGACAUGUGAAUAUAUUGUGAGGGCUAAUCUGUCCAAAGUGGGCGGAUUCAAGUCAUACAUAACUUUCAUGGCAAGAGAGGUUCCAGGUGGAAAUCUUGUGGAGUAUCAAGCUAAGACAGAGAGGAAGUUUACGCAAAGGAAAGCUCAUGCCAUCUUUUGCAGGCCAAGUACAAAAUCGAAUGAUUGAUGUUGCUACCGAGGUUAUGAGUUUGUGAUGAACAAGGAAUAUAAUCGUGGAGAGGAGAAACCUAUGUAUUAUUAAAUUUGCCUUAAACUUUUAAUGUAUUAAAUUAUGAAUUUGUCUUAAACGGUUAAACCCAGUUUAGGGUAAGAGUGGGAUAAAUUUGCUACUUUAAUCGGAUUUGAAGAAACACUGAUGUUUAUGAAAAUGGCGUGAAUACUAUUAUUU